AUGCCUUCCAAACGCUCGAUUAGGGAUGAGAGGGAUGGGAUAGAUGAGAGGGGUGAGAGGGAUAAGAGGGAUGGGAUAGAUGAGAGGGGUGAGAGGGGUGAGAGGGAUGAGAGGGAUGGGAUAGAUGAGAGAGGUGAGAGGGGUGACAGGGGUGAGAGGGGUGAGAGGGAUGAGAGGUAUGGGAUAGAUGAGAGGGGUGAGAGGAGUGAGAGGGGUGAGAGGGGUGAGAGGGAUGAGAGGGAUGAGAGGGAUGGGAGGGCCCUCCUCUCCCCCUCUCAUCUUCCCCAUCCCUCCUCUCCUCCUCUCAUCUCCCCAAUUUCACCUCUCCCACGCUGCACCUCAUCGCCAGUGUUUCUCUCCCCCCACCCAUCAGAGCUCAAAAGCCCACCUGCACUUCCACACUUUGGCGGAUCUGCAAAGCUUCAGCAGCACAAUGAGAGCCUCUGUGUUUAUCUUUUGAAUUCUCACCUCUCCCGCUCUUCACCUUAUCGCCAGUGCUUCAUUCUCCCCACCCAUCAGAGCUUGGAAGCUCGUCUGCACUUCCACACCUUGGCGGACCUGCACAGCUUCGGCGGCACAAUGAGAACCUCUGUCGGACUCUCUCUCCCUCGAUUUCUUCAUGCCGAUUGGUUGCAAGCGCCUCGUGGUGGCAUCCCUCCCACCAGCAUGCAAGAGGAGACAGUCAAUCCACUAGCCAACCCCCCUCGCCCACCUCCGAGCUCUCCGAAUCAGCCUCCCAGCUCUCGGGACCUUUACUCUCUAUCCUUGCAUGAAUUAUCAUUGAUCCGCGUGCUGCAAUCAAUAGCCCCAACAGUGGAGGCACUGAUGGUGCCACACUCGAUGCCGAUAGAGUCAGUGGAGGGCGAGUGGAGUGAGCUGCACCGCCUGGCCAUCGGUGUGCGUGGGAGCAAGGCGGGUGAGGAAAGGCGCAAGACGACAGUGGUGGAAGCAGAGGCUCGUGCAGGCGGCGUUUGUACCCGAGGAGAGGUGCUGAUGGGGGAGGAGAUAAAGGAAGCGGCACAGGUGAUAGCAGCGGCGGCUGUGGCUGUCAGAGGUCCACUGGUGAUCCCCGAUUGA